CCAACAACGCAUGGACAUAAAUUAUCAGAAUGGGGCAAAAAGAUGGAAUUGUUGGUAAAAGUGUUCAUGGUUAUUUCAGAGAAUACUGUGAAAGCACCAGUAUCCAUGGGUUCAGAUAUUUGGCUGAGAAGAGAUCUAGAACAGAAAGGGUCCUAUGGUUAUUACUCAUAUCGAUAUCAGUAGGAAGCUGCGGCUACCUUAUUAGCGAAAUUUACAGAAAAUUCGACAAAAGUCCUGUCAUAGUGAGCUUCGCCACUACUGAGACUCCAAUUUAUACCAUACCAUUUCCUGCAGUGACCAUAUGCCCAAUGACCAAAGCCAGGAAAUCAAUUUUCAAUUUCACCGAUGUCAUCUAUAAGUUGGAGAGGAAUGAAUCCUUAUCUCCAGAAGAAGCUCUUCAUGGACAGUACAUGUCAGAGGUGUGUGAAUACGGGCAAAGUUUAUUUCCUGCCAAUUUGACCUUCUCAGAUGACUUCUUUCAUGAGUUGGAUAAGUUGAGAAUUCCGCUCCAUAAAAUGAUGUACCAGUGCAAAUUUAUGAGACAAGAAGUGAACUGUUCUGAACUAUUCAUCCCAAUCAUUCUAGAUGAAAGCGUUUGUUAUACCUUCAAUAUGCUGGGCAGAGAUGACAUUUUCAACCCAAAUGUCGUCACUUUCAAAAACUAUCACAAGAAUGCAUACAAAUCCCAAUGGACUGUCGACGGAGGAUAUGAGACAAAUGAGGGAACGGAGACCUAUCCUGUCAGAGCCUAUUUGGCAGGAGCAGAUAAUGCUUUGGAUAUAACAUUUCAUCAAAACGACAGUGAUUUAGACUACUUAUGUUUGGACGAUAUUCAAGGUUAUAGCAUAUUACUUCACCAACCAUACAAGAUACCUUUAGUGAAAAAACAAUAUUUUCAAGUUCCUUUCGACACAGCCGUAGUAGCAGUUAUUCAACCAGAGUUGAUGACAACGUCAGCGGAUGUAAAGAAGUACAGCGCCUCCAAGAGGAAGUGCUAUUUCACCACAGAGAGAAAAUUGAAAUACUUCAAAUACUAUUCACCAUCCAACUGCAAAUUCGAGUGUUUGAUAAACCAUACAUUAGAGAGUUGUAAAUGUGUUAAAUUUCACAUGCCAAGAGAACCAAACACGCCCAUUUGUGGAAAUGGUAAUCAUCAAUGUCUGAGCUUUCAACAAUUGCAUUUGAAAGUUUUACAACUGAGGAAAAACAUCGGCAGCGAUCGAAACGAUUUCUUUUGUCAGUGCAAACCGUUAUGCACCGAACUGACUUACAAUAUGGAACAAUCUCAGUCAGCGUGGGAGUAUAAAGAACAGUUCCGAGCUAAAGGAAUGACAGAAUACGAUCUAGAUGGAUUACGGUUCGCGAAGUUGUCGAUUUUCUUCAAACAAGAAUCCUUCUUGACCUCUCAGAGAAACGAACUCUACGGCCCUACAGACUUUUUGGCUAACUUUGGCGGACUUCUGGGACUCUUCACCGGAUUUUCCUUGUUGUCUGCCGCUGAAAUCAUUUAUUUUCUGACAAUCAGGUUAUGUACCAAUUUCAGAAAGUACAGAGUGUGGACAGGAUCUUCGACUGACACGAAAUAGUCGAAUCAAAAUUUAACUAUCAUCAUGAAUCGUUCACCCUCUUUCUCCUAGUAAUGUGAUUUGAAAUCAUCAUCAAAUCAAAAAUAUUAGAACACUUCCGAAUUCUGAUUUAUAACUCGGGCUUCUAUAAUGGCGACCAUAAUAUCUCAGAAUUUUACAUCUAAUAUUCCGACUAAUGUUCCGGGUUUUCAAAAUUUCAAACGUAGUCGUGUUGGCAAUAUUAAUGAAUAUGCAGAAUAUUCUGGAGGAUAAUUUUUCUUCUCUCAUUUCCACAUUCUGUAUCUUGAAAUAGUUAUUUGUUUCACUAGGCAGCUAUGAAGUA